AUGACCAGCGUGAACAAGGAAAAACUGGACGCGGUUCCACGUUUACAACUGUUCAACUGCCAUCACGCUGCCUGUGGAGCCACGUUUACUCGUGAAUGGCGACUGAAAGAACACGAAACAGUCCACACAGGAGCGCGACCCUUGCAGUGCCUUGUGCCGGGGUGUGGCCGCCGCUUUUCACGGAAAUCUCACCUGGCCCGACAUAACUUAAGUCACACUGGAGUUAAACGGUUCAGGUGUUCUCACGUAUAUUGUACCAGGAUUUUCUUCAAUGCCGACAACUUGAAAAGGCAUGUCCGAUAUGCUCAUGGCAACAAGGAGAAGUAUUUCAAGUGUCAUUUCCCAAACUGUACUGCAACAUUCAGGAAACGUCGAGCUUACAAGCUGCAUCUUGGUGAACACAACAUCUCCCCGAAUUUCAAAUGCACAAAGGAGCACUGCGGAGCCCAGUUUGACAGCCAUGUUGCUCGCAGAGCCCAUGAGAAGACCCAUGCAGGGUAUGCCUGCCCAAAGCCUGACUGCCCGGUGGUGGAGUGCACCUGGGGUAAACUGUCCAAGCACGCACAGACUCAUCCAGUCAGCUACACCUGUGCGCUGUGCCAGGCGGGCUUUGAGAAGCGGAAUGCGUUGCGGCGCCACCGCCGCACCCACGCCCUACAGAAGCCUGUGCUGCUGUGCCCCAGUGAGGGCUGCCAGGCCUACUUCUCCUCCACCUUCAACCUGCAGCACCACAUCUUCAAAGUGCACCUGCAGCUGCUCAAGUACCACUGCACCCACCCCGGCUGCCCUCGCACCUUCGCCAUGAGAGAAAGCCUGAGCAGGCACAUGGUUCGCCACGACCCCCAUGGAUCCAAGCUGAAGCUGCAGAAGCGCCAGCGGUCCAGUAACAAAUGGCAGAAGCGCCUCGAGGGUUAUCGCCAGCACCCCCUGGUGGAGGAGGACCUGAGUCGCCUCUUCUCCCUGCGCAUGCGCUUCCCGCGCCGGGUUGUGGUGGAGGCUAACCUCUCUGGCCUUUUCAACGAGCGCAAGAUCCCACGGGAAGUGGAACCGGAGGUCAACCUCAACGACCUCUUCAGCCUCAAGCCGCCCGGUCCUCUGAAACCAGUCCCUGAGGCUCCGCCACCCAAGAGUUAA